UUCAGCGGAACUCACCCGGAUCUGUAGAGUCUAGGCCACUGCUGGCAAAGGCUUGGCUUUGUUCAGUCAUAGAUGGCUAAAUAACGUUUCGCAUUAAGGACCGUUUCAUUAGUGCAUGGUAGGUUAUUAGUUUUUAAAUACUGCAUUAUUAUCUGUUGUAGGCUGUUCAGAGGUGUAUAUUUUGGUAGCUAAUUGUUGCAUUAUUGUACGCCUUUACAUCGAGAAAGUAGCAUUUACCCAACGUCCAUCCAUCGUCGUACCCCGUAUUUCCCUUUACUUUCCGAGUCCAACUGUUCAAAAGAACCGAUUCGCAGAAAUGAAUUUUGUGUCAGGACUUCACAUGUAUUAUAAAGUUAUUCACAGUCCUCAAAAAUUUGUAACAGUUUGGCAGAACAUUCACAUGUAAGCUACCAUUUGUACUAUGCUGAUAAGUUAUGAUCUAUAAAUAAACCUAGACAUGCCAUCAAGUCAGAGUUUUGCCCUAUAAUAUCCUAGAGCUAGACGCGUUCAAGAAUGUGAAGUCUGAGGGAGGUGCGUGCGCGACAUGCUCUAUAAAUGGCACACACGAACUUCAGGUGCAAAAACCAAAGAUUUCACGGCUCUCGUGUAUUGUUAUACCAGAAGAGUUUAUUUAUUUUCAACAAACACCAUUUGUGACUACACAUGUUACGUCAAAUUGUUCCUGCAGUUGUUUAAAUAUAAUUCCGAUGAGGACAUGAAACGCGUGAGAGACAUUGCUCUCGUUCUGAUCUUCGCCUGUCUCGUGCAGCAGUUCGUGCAGGUGUGCAGCCUGAGAGACAGAGGGAGGAGAGCGCAGGCAGAUGCGAAGGGGAAGAGAAGAGGUCAGCGGAAUGAAAGUGGUCUAAAAGGGAGAUUCUCGCUGAAGGACGGAGCGCGGUGCUCGUGGCGCGCCGCGCGGGGGGGUGAUGCGUUUGUAUUGAGAGUCACGUGCAAAAACGGGGCAAAGACUUUCGGCUGCGAAUAUGUAGCGGAGCCCACAGCAUGUGAACAGUACACAUCUAAUACCAAAGCCUACUGGAAACAGAUUGCCCGUUCGCUGAAAAAGCAGAGGAGAUUGUGUCGCGACUCUACAGCGAUGGUCAAAGCCGGUAUGUGCAGGAGCGCGCCCGCGGACGCGCACUUCAGACUGAAGGACACGCGUCCCUCCUCCAGAGUCCCGUUACCGCCAACCGCGGGGAAUAAUCACUGUCCGGAACGGAUCGAGAGGCUGAAAGAGGCCGAAGAACACUGCAGCAGAGCCUGGUCUUCAUUGUGUGCAUUUGUCUUCUUGAUGCUUGAGAAUGAUGAAUGCUCAUGAUUGACUUUAAAA